AUGGUCGAGCUCGCUCAGAUCGCGGCGGACCAAUCCGACUACUGGACUAAGUACGCGUUCAUGUUCCCCGUCUCCGUGUGCGUCGCGACCACCGCGAUGCUCACCGGAAUCGGAGGCGCGGCGUUGUUCUCCCCGAUAUUCCUCCUCGGUUUCCCCAUGCUGGGGCCCGGGUACCCAUUGGACUCUGCCGCGGAGGCGUUCAACGUCGCGCUCCUCACCGAGUGCUUCGGCUUCACGUCCGGGCUCAUCGGGUACACCAAUCGCGGGCUGGUGGACUGGAGGGUAUCGCUGCCGUUCAUCGCGGUGGGCGUGCCCGCGGGAGUCGCGGGGGGGAUCUCGGUGGCAUCCGCCGACCCGGGCUUUUUGCGACUCGGAUACGGCGCUAUGAUGGCGAUGCUCGGGACGUACCUGGCGGCGCCCAGGGACGACGACGGCGCGUGCGGCGACGGGGGGAAUCGAUCCGGCGACCUCGCGGCGGAUGAGUGCAUGACGCUGACGGAUACCGACGGGACCACGUACGCGUAUCGAGCGCCCGCGAUGGACGCGGUCGCGCUCGCCGCCACCGCGCUCGGCGGGGCGCUCACGGGGCUACUCUCCGUGGGUAUCGGCGAGAGCGUGGUGCCGCAGCUGACGCGACGGGGCGACGCGAAGCUUCCGCUGGCUGUCGCGGCGGGGACGAGCGUGUCGGUGGUCAUCGUGGUCGCCUUGGCGGCGGCGGCGGCGCAGGCGUCGGUGGUUUACGGCGGGGAGACGCCGGCGGCAUUUGAGUUUCCCCGAAAUCUGGUGUGCUACACCGUGCCCGGGGUGAUGUGCGGCGGGCAGAUCGGUCCGAGGCUGCAGGGAGCGAUCGCGCAGAGGGACGCGGAGCGGGCGUUGGGCGCGGUGUUCGUGUGCGUGGGCGCGGCGUUCUUGAAGGCGGGUCUCGGCCGAUGA